CGUGAACACGCUGCUGCAGCCGAGUGCACGACGACGCCGACGACCUUUCUCGCAUCGACCUCGGCGAAUAUGAAAUUCACCUGGCAGCAAUUUGUUCGCUCAAUGCCCGGUAAACCAAUCGAAUCCGAUACUCGGAAGAAACUGUUACUACCCGCGCCACAACGGAUACCGGCAUUAAGAUCAUUACGCAAAAUCACCAAACCUCGGUGUGCUCUUUUUUUCUACGUGGCCAUAUAUAUACAUCCGGAAAUGCCAAACAUUUACUAUUCCUAUUCUGCGUCGACGCGCAGCGAUGUUUACAGAUACAAAGGAAAGUAUGUACAUCUAACCAGCGCUUACUUGCACAAUGUUUCAGUGAAAGUGUUUUAUGGUAGUUUUAAGAUGUGCUUGACGGCCGACGCGGUGUUUCAAUGGCUCGAACUUGUGAAGCAUCCUAAGAAGUUGAUCAUUAAAAAAGUCAGUACGUAUAAAGUUAAAAGUAAAAAUCUUCUCUUUUGCUAUUGAUAAUCGUAAUAAAACAUUUAACAAUUA